AUGUCUGAAGAAGAGCAGAAGAAGUCGGUCGCCUUUGGCGAAACUACAGAUCUUGAGAAUGGAGAGAAGGUUGAGACGAGUGAGGGGAAUACUGCUGAAGGGCAUUCUGUCGCUGAAAACGGCGAUGCCGAAGCCUCCACAUUCGAUCCAUCCGCCGUGAAGAAAAAGAAGAAGCCAAAGAAGGAGAAGGAAUCCGAGAACGGCGAGGAAGCUCCAAAGGAGAACGGUGACGGCGAAGCUUUCGACCCCAAGCUCCUGAAGAAAAAGAAGUCGAAGAAAGCAAAGGCUGAAGAAGGUGAAGUUGGCGCCGAAGGUGACGGAGAAUUCGACCCUACAAAACUCACAAAGAAGCCAAAGAAAACAACCAAGAAGAAGGCAGCAGGUGAUGAUGAUGACUUCCAAAAGCGUCUCGAGGAACUCGGUCUUGAGGACAAGAAGGAUGAGCCUGCUGCUCCACAGACUCAGGAGGAAUUCGAGGCCGAACUCGCACAGGGAGGUGGUGUUUGGGCUCAAGACAAUGCCACACCAUUCAAAUACUCCCAACUCUUGAAGCGAUUCUAUAUCAACCUUUACGAAGACCACCCAGAACUCUCCGGCGACGGCCGCCUAAAGAACUACAAGAUCCCACCACCACAAGUCGCCCGUGAAGGUAACAAGAAAUCGAUCUUUGCCAACCUCCCCGAAAUCGCAAAGAAGAUGAAGAGAAAUCCGGAACAUAUUAUUCAAUUCAUCUUUGCCGAAUUGGGUACCAACGGUUCCGUCGAUGGUGCUGGGAGAUUGGUUAUCAAGGGUCGUUUCCAGCAGAAACAGUUGGAGAGCGUUUUGAGACGAUACAUUGUUGAGUACUUGACCUGUGGAACUUGCAAGAGUCCGAAUACCACAUUGAUGAAGGAGAAUCGACUUUUCUUCGUCAACUGCAAUAUCUGUGGAUCGAGGAAAUCCGUCUCUGCUAUCAAAACUGGUUUCCAAGCCGCCUUGGGAAAGAGAAAGAAGAUGCAAGCUUAG